GGGAUCCUCUGAGUUUAGACGGGCUGAGAAAGUGGGACGUUGCGAGAUCUUUCUGCUCGACCCGACCAUGUUUUUAUGGUUGUCGUACCAUAUAUAUAUAUAUAUAUGGGGAGGUAGAGCCUGGGCUUGAAUGAAAGCUGUUCAGUGUAAAGGCUGCUAUUUCGGUUUUCAAUUCGAUUGAUCCUCCUCUCCUUCCCAUAUAUUCAUCUAUAACGACGAAAACUUUGAUCCUCAAGACCGUAAACGGCAAUUUACUAAACAUGAGCUUCACUUUCGACGUGCUCAAAGGCUCAAAGGACGGGAAACUUGUUGCAGCUAGGACAACUCGGGUUUUGCAGCCCAAUGAGGUCUACGUUGAGAUAACCCAUACCGGAGUGUGCGGCACGGAUGAGCAUUACAGGCAUGCAGACCAGGUUCUAGGUCAUGAAGGUAUCGGGAUUGUGAGGCAGGCGGGGUCUGGCGUUACCAAUGUGAAAGUCGGAGAUAGAGUUGGUCUCGGAUACUUCCGCAAGGUCUGCGGACUUUGCCCAAGCUGCUUGGAAGGUUGGGACCAGUAUUGCGAGAAGAAAAGAGAAUAUGGCACCUCUGAUUUCGAUAUUGGGACUUUCGCCCAUGGGGCUGUGUGGAACUCUGACUGUGUCUUUCGUAUACCUGAUGGUAUUGACUCAGUUGACGCCGCUCCCUUGAUGUGCGCUGGCGGAACGGUAUGGACCAUCUUGUCAGAAUAUGGAGUGCGGCCAACAGAUCGUGUUGGGAUCCUUGGUGUCGGAGGCCUCGGACACAUGGCCAUCAAGCUCGCUGCCGCCAUUGGUAGCCAUGUGGUAGUUUUGUCGAGCAGUGAAGCAAAGAGGCAGGAAGCUAUGGACUACGGUGCCAGCGAGUACCAUGUAUUCCGUGCGGGACAGCCCAUGGAGGGAUUGAAGCCCUUGAAGCACCUCCUGCUCUGUGGGAAUGCUGGGGUUGAUUUUAACUCGCUCAUUCCUUUGAUGGAUAAACGAGGCACCAUAUACCCAAUUACAGUCAACCUCAACCCAUCCUCCAUUCCACUGUUUCCUGUGCUUCAAAACGGAAUUCGCAUUCAAGGGUCGCUGGUUUCUUCACGCCGGAGUAUGCAUCAACUGCUCAAGCUUUGUGCAGCUAAGGGCAUCGGACCUACCACAAUGCAGUUCCCCUUGACUCUAGCUGGCGCGGAGGAUGCAAUGAAAAAUCUCAGGGAAGGAAAGAUCAGAUACAGAGCUGUUCUUGUCCGCGAAGGCAUUUGAGUUGAGAGGCACAAAUGAAGUGGAAUGGAAUUGGCCAUGCAACUUUGAUUUUCUUAAAAAGCAAUUACACUAGGAACGCUAAUAAUAGAUACUAUAUCGAAUUGCGAAUCGCGGAAUCCAUGAAUAUAAAUUCAAGAUCUC